GAUGGCACUCAUCGUCCCGUCCUUGUUUCGGUCCUGCAGCCAUCUGGCUCGGUCAGCUGUUUGUGAAUUGGCGAGAAAAGUACGAUGGCUGCUGGUUGUUGUGGCACGAAAAAGCAGAAAUUGAACAAUUCCUCGAGUGUCCCAUCGUGCAAUGGUGGUCCGGUAGUGUCCAACGGCUUGCCCAGCAACGGUACAGGCAUGGUGGCCUUGCCCGAGAUGUGCUUCUUUUGUUUUGACGUUUUGUACUGUCAUCUCUAUAACCUGGCGCCUCCGAAGACUCCCUCCUUCAGCAACGACGCCUACCCCCUGUUCGUCACCUGGAAGAUCGGCAAAGACAAGCGUUUGCGGGGCUGCAUUGGCACCUUCAACGCCAUGAACCUGCAGUCGGGGCUGCGGGAGUACGCCGUCACUAGCGCGUUCAAGGAUUCCAGGUUCAGUCCAGUGACGAGGGAGGAGUUCCCGAAAUUGAGCGUUUCGGUGUCGAUUUUGAGGCAUUUUGAGGACGGGGACGACUACCUCGAUUGGGAGGUGGGGGUGCAUGGAAUCAGGAUUGAGUUCAUCAACGAGAAGGGGAACAAGAGGACGGCCACGUAUUUGCCGGAGGUGGCCUCGGAACAAGGUUGGGAUCAGCUGCAGACGAUCGACUCGCUGCUGCGUAAAGGGGGCUACAAGUCGGUGAUAUCGAACGAAGUGCGUCGCAGCAUAAAACUGACUCGUUAUCAAAGUGAGAAAAUAACAGUGACUUAUCAAGACUACAUGAACCACUGGAACAGCCAGCGUUGCUAGCAGAUAAUGUGGGGGCGUCCCCCGAUGGCGGCGUCCCCACACAGCAGCGCCACCGCCCCCUCCCACCACCACCACCACGCAAUGCCGCCCCCAGCCCUUGUCAUGGUCCAGCCCACGUUCCCCCUCUAUGCCCCGCCCCCGCCCUACAUGCUCCACCCAGGCCCGCCCCUCUGGUGGGACCACUUCCCAGGCCCCUCCUACCAGCCCGACUAUCCCCUCUCCCCCGACUAUCACCGGAAACGGAAGUGACCCUUGAAUCUCAUCAUCGGAUCCAUCUGUUACUGUAUCAAGUUUUGAACAAACAGUACUACCAACACCAAAAGUUGUCAAGUCCGAGCGCGAUUUUAGGUUAGGUCUCACUCCGUGCCUAACCAUCGCACAUAAUGCACGGGUGCCAACCUUGCAUUUAUUACUAUUGCUUUCGCUUCCAGUGUUACCGACACUAGAAAUUUAAGAUUCAACUAACUUGUUCAAAUGAAAUAAAUAUAUUUUUGCAUAUGUCAAUCGUCCGAUCUGUUUCAAAAAGGGGGUGCGUUGCAAUAAUUACCCAAACAAUUCAUUACUUAUUAUUUGUGUGUGAGUGACGUUAUAUUAACCUUAAAAUAAGAGAAUAUAGAGCUAGAAGGUAGUGUGUAAAAAUUGAAAACUUAAUCAUCACUGCCAUUUUGUCAUGUAUAGUUUACAAUCAUCGGUGAUGCUCAAUUAGCUGCCGCUAUGAACAUCAGUGUGAUCUCGUUGCGGGUGGUUGGUAACCUUGACUGUUAAAUGUUACUUUUUUCGCUCAGUGUUGCCAACGCAAAUUAUGGUCACCCGGUAUAACUCAGCCAAAGUUGAGAUGCGCAUCUUAAGUGUCUCAAAACUCAGGAUUUAAUUGGGUAAUCGAAAUCCACUGCUCUACAAUAAUAAUUUUCGCAUAUCUCAUUUCGGAAAAAUUCAAACAAACAGCAAAACAUCGGAGAAAAUGUGCCUAAGACUGGAGAAAAUCCCAGUUAGCCGCGCCAUGAGACACUUCUGAUUUAAUUAGUGUUUACGUGUAUUGUAGUGGGGUUCAAAGGUUUAAUAAAAAUUACUUUUAUAACUA